AGCUGUCCCAUCCUGGAGGCUACAUAAUUGAAGACAUUGUUGCAGGAUGAAAAGAUGGCAGCGCACAUGCUUGCACCGCCAGGCCCUGAUAGUUUCCGCCUUUUCACCCGUGAGUCUUUGGCUAUCAUUGAGCAGCGGAUUGCUGAGGAGAAGAAAAAAAAGCCCCCCAAGCAAGACAGCAGCCACCGAGAUGAUGAUGAUCAAAAUAAGCUUAAACCAAACAGCGACCUUGAAGCAGGCAGAAGUUUGCCAUUUAUCUAUGGCGACCCCCCUCCUAAAUGCAUUGCUGAACCAUUGGAGGACUUGGACCCUUUUUAUAUAAAUCAGAAAACCUUUAUAGUACUAAACAGAGGAAAAGCUAUCUUCCGAUUUAGUGCCACACCUGCCAUGUACAUUUUAGGCCCUUUGAAUCCACUGAGGAGAUACGCUAUUAAAAUUUUGAUACAUUCAGUGUUCAGCAUGAUUAUUAUGGCCACUAUUUUGACCAACUGUGUAUUCAUGACUUUUAGUAAACCCCCAGACUGGUCUAAGCAGGUGGAGUACACAUUUACUGGCAUUUAUACAUUUGAGUCUCUUGUAAAAAUGAUUGCAAGAGGAUUCUGCAUAGAUAGCUUUACAUUUCUACGUGAUCCAUGGAACUGGUUGGAUUUCAGUGUAAUAAUGAUGGCAUAUGUGACAGAGUUUGUGGACCUUGGCAAUGUGUCAGCGUUGAGAACGUUCAGAGUUCUCCGAGCUUUGAAAACUAUCUCAGUCAUUCCAGGCCUGAAGACCAUUGUGGGUGCUCUAAUCCAGUCUGUGAAGAAGCUGUCUGAUGUAAUGAUUUUGACUGUAUUCUGCCUGAGUGUCUUUGCCCUUAUUGGACUCCAGUUGUUUAUGGGCAACUUGAGGCAGAAGUGUGUCAUUUGGCCACCCAAUCCAGCAUAUCUAAAUGCCACAGAUGAAAAUGGAACAAGGAUUUUUGACUUUAAUGACUACAUUAUGAAUGACACAAAUUUCUACUGGGUGGCAGGAAUGGGUGAUCCAUUGCUUUGUGGAAACAGCACAGAUGCCGGCCAAUGUCCUGAAGGGUAUUUGUGUAUGAAGGCAGGAAGAAAUCCUAACUAUGGGUACACCAGUUUCGACACAUUUGGUUGGGCUUUUCUAGCCUUGUUUCGACUCAUGACGCAGGAUUUCUGGGAAAAUUUGUACCAGCUAACAUUAAGAGCAGCGGGGAAGACGUACAUGAUCUUCUUUGUUCUUGUCAUCUUCGUGGGUUCUUUUUACCUGGUCAACUUGAUUCUGGCUGUGGUCGCCAUGGCCUAUGAGGAGCAGAACCAAGCUACCCUGGAGGAAGCUGAGCAGAAAGAGCAGGAGUUCAAACAGAUGCUGGAACAGCUGAAGAAGCAGCAAGAGGAUGCUCUGCUGGCUGCUGCGACCGCCACCUCUGCGGGCACCGUUUCGGAAGAUGCGCUUGACGAAGACGAGGAAGGAAGAAUGUCACAAAGCUCAUCAGAGUUGUCGAAACUCAGCUCGAAAAGUGCCAAGGAAAGAAGGAACAGGCGGAGGAAGCGAAAGCAGACAAGGGGACACUCCGAGGGGGAGGAGAAAGGCGACCAUGAAAAGAUUUUAAAGUCAGAAUCUGACAAUGGGAUCAGUAAACGGGGCAGGCAUUUAACACACGGAAUGAAGUACCCCAUGAACCAGUCUCAGCUGAGCAUCUUGGGGUCUCCGAACCUAACGCGGUUCGACAGCAAAAGCAGCAUUUUCAGUAUUAGAGAUCGGAAAGAACCCGGUUCAGAAACAGAAUUUGCUGAUGAUGAGCACAGCACGGUGGAAGAGACAGAUGGCAACCGGAAGAAUUCUUUGUUUGUUCCGAACAGGGAACCCAACAGGAGGAAUAGCUACAGCGGCUACAUCAAUGUGAAAAGGAACAGCACAGUGGACUGCAAUGGUGUGGUCUCACUGAUCGGUGGCCCUGGAGCUACCCUGUCUGGUGGACGCCUACUGCCUGAGGUGAUAAUAGAUAAGGCAGCUACUGAUGACAGUCCUACCACUGAAAUCGAGAGCAAGAAGAAACAUUCGGGCUCCCUCCUGGUGUCAAUGGACCAGUUAAAUGCAUCCUUCGGAAGGAAGGACAGAGCGAACAGUGUUUUAAGUGUUCUGACAAACACUCUGGAAGAGCUCGAAGAGUCUCAGAGGAAGUGUCCACCCUGCUGGUAUAAAUUUGCAAAUAUGUUUCUCAUCUGGGAAUGCUGUCCGCUGUGGUUGAAGUUGAAAGAGUACAUGCAUCUGUUUGUGUUUGAUCCAUUUGUGGACCUAGCCAUCACCAUUUGUAUUGCACUCAAUACCCUCUUCAUGGCAAUGGAGCACUACCCGAUGACACCGUCCUUUGAAAAUGUUUUGGCUGUGGGAAACUUGGUUUUCACUGCGAUCUUUGCAGCGGAAAUGUUUAUGAAGCUCAUAGCGAUGGACCCUUACUACUAUUUUCAGGAAGGGUGGAACAUUUUUGAUGGCUUUAUCGUGUCCCUCAGUUUAAUGGAGCUUGGUCUGGCAAAUGUUGAAGGCCUGUCUGUGCUGAGGUCUUUCAGAUUGUUGAGAGUUUUCAAACUGGCAAAGUCCUGGCCAACGCUCAACAUGUUGAUAAAAAUUAUCGGCAACUCUGUUGGUGCCUUAGGAAACCUGACAUUGGUGCUGGCGAUCAUUGUCUUCAUCUUUGCUGUGGUGGGCAUGCAGCUCUUUGGGAAAAGCUACAAGGACUGCGUCUGUAAGAUCAAUACCGAUUGCAUUCUGCCUCGUUGGCACAUGAAUGACUUCUUCCACUCUUUUCUGAUUGUGUUCCGUGUGCUGUGUGGUGAAUGGAUUGAAACUAUGUGGGACUGUAUGGAAGUGGCAGGCCAGACCAUGUGUCUCAUUGUGUUCAUGAUGGUCAUGGUCAUUGGCAAUCUUGUGGUGCUGAACCUGUUCCUGGCCUUGUUGCUGAGCUCUUUCAGUGCUGAUAACCUUGCAGCGACUGAUGAUGAUGGUGAGAUCAACAACCUUCAGUUGUCUGUGAUUAGGAUCAAGAAGGGAAUUGCCUUCAUGAAGGCCUAUGGGCAUGCGUUUGUUCAAAAACAUUUUAAGAGCAAAGACGCAGAUGAGGCCAAACCACUAGAUGAGCUAAUAGACAAAAAGGUGAACUACAUUGGAAACCAUACCGGUGCUGACAUCAACCGAGAAAUGGACUACCAAAAGAAUGGCAAUGGCACCACCAGUGGCAUUGGGAGCAGUGUGGAAAAGUACAUUAUUGAUGACGACCACAAUUCCUUUAUCCACAAUCCUAACCUUACUGUCAGAGUUCCAAUAGCAGUUGGGGAGUCAGACUUCGAAAACCUCAAUACUGAAGACUUCAGCAGCGAAUCUGAAGUUGGUGGGAGCAAAGAGAAACUGGAUGAUACCAGCUCGUCGGAAGGAAGCACAAUAGAUAUAAAGCCAGAAGGAGAAGAGGGCCCACCAGUAGAGCAACCUGAAGAGUAUUUAGACCCUGAAGCAUGCUUCACUGAUGGUUGUGUGCAACGCUUUAAAUGUUGUCAAGUUAGUAUUGAGGAAGGCUGGGGAAAACCAUGGUGGACUUUGCGAAAGACCUGCUUCUUAAUUGUGGAACAUAACUGGUUUGAAACCUUCAUUGUUUUCAUGAUUCUGCUCAGCAGUGGAGCUCUGGCUUUUGAAGAUAUUUACAUUGAACAGCGGAAGACAAUCCGGACUAUCCUUGAGUAUGCUGACAAGAUCUUCACAUAUAUCUUUAUCCUUGAGAUGUUGUUGAAGUGGACGGCCUAUGGAUUUCAAAAGUACUUCACGAAUGCAUGGUGUUGGCUGGACUUCCUCAUUGUCGAUGUUUCCUUAGUCAGCCUCGUAGCUAAUGCCCUGGGCUACUCCGAACUAGGUGCCAUUAAGUCUCUUAGGACACUAAGAGCUUUGAGACCUCUAAGAGCCUUGUCACGAUUUGAAGGGAUGAGGGUUGUCGUCAACGCUUUGGUGGGUGCCAUUCCUUCCAUUAUGAAUGUACUGCUGGUCUGUCUCAUCUUCUGGCUCAUUUUCAGCAUAAUGGGAGUGAACCUUUUUGCUGGAAAGUAUUAUUUUUGUUUUAAUGAAACCUCCGAAUAUAGGUUUCUCCCCUCGGAAAUAAACAACAAGACAGAUUGUGAGGCCUUUAUAAACCAGACCAGUGAUGAAAUUCGAUGGAAGAAUGUGAAGAUUAACUUUGACAAUGUCGGAGCAGGAUAUCUGGCUUUGCUGCAAGUGGCUACUUUCAAAGGUUGGAUGGAAAUCAUGUAUGCAGCUGUUGAUUCACGAAAGGCUGAAGAACAACCAUUUUAUGAGGACAACAUCUACAUGUACAUCUAUUUUGUAAUCUUCAUCAUCUUUGGAUCUUUCUUCACAUUGAACCUUUUCAUUGGUGUCAUCAUCGAUAACUUCAAUCAGCAAAAGAAAAAGUUUGGAGGUCAGGAUAUCUUUAUGACUGAAGAACAAAAGAAAUAUUAUAAUGCAAUGAAGAAGCUGGGAUCCAAAAAGCCUCAGAAGCCCAUUCCACGACCAUUGAAUGCAAUCCAAGGUGGAGUCUAUGACUUUGUCACUCAGCAGGUCUUUGACAUCACCAUCAUGAUUCUCAUCUGCCUCAACAUGGUCACAAUGAUGGUGGAAACAGACGAUCAGAGCAAAGAGAGUGAAAACAUUUUGUACUGGAUCAACUUUAUCUUCAUAAUUUUCUUCACAAGCGAAUGCCUGCUCAAACUCUUUGCACUGAGGCAUUAUUAUUUCACAAUUGGGUGGAAUAUAUUUGACUUUGUGGUUGUGAUCCUUUCCAUUGUUGGAAUGUUCCUGGCUGAUAUCAUUGAGAAAUACUUUGUGUCACCGACCCUUUUCAGAGUAAUUCGAUUGGCCCGAAUUGGCCGUAUCUUGCGUCUGAUCAAAGGAGCCAAAGGAAUCCGAACGCUAUUGUUUGCCUUAAUGAUGUCUUUGCCUGCCUUGUUCAACAUCGGGCUGCUUUUGUUCCUGGUCAUGUUCAUCUUUUCCAUAUUUGGGAUGUCUAAUUUUGCAUAUGUCAAGAAAGAUGGCGGUAUCGACGAUAUGUUUAACUUUGAAACAUUUGGUAACAGCAUGAUCUGCUUGUUCCAGGUCACUACAUCUGCAGGCUGGGAUGGUUUGCUCCUGCCAAUCUUAAACAGACCACCAGAUUGUGACCUCGAAAAGGAGAACCCAGGCACUGCUGUUAAAGGAGACUGCGGCAAUCCCAGUGUGGGAAUAUUUUUCUUUGUCAGUUACAUCAUCAUAUCAUUUUUGAUUGUAGUCAACAUGUACAUUGCCAUUAUUCUGGAGAAUUUCAGCGUGGCGACCGAGGAGAGCGCAGAACCACUGAGUGAGGAUGACUUUGAGACGUUCUACGAGAUCUGGGAGAAGUUUGACCCUGACGCCACGCAGUUCAUUGAGUAUAACAAGUUGUCUGACUUUGCUGAUACCUUGGAAGCUCCUCUUCGAGUUCCUAAACCCAAUCACAUUGAACUCAUCGCCAUGGACCUGCCCAUGGUGAGCGGCGAUAGGAUUCACUGCUUGGAUAUCUUGUUUGCGUUCACCAAGCGUGUGCUUGGGGAGGGCGGUGAAAUGGACGUCCUCCGGCAGCAGAUGGAGGAGCGAUUUGUGGCGUCCAACCCCUCCAAGGUGUCCUACGAGCCAAUCACGACCACUCUUCGGCGCAAGCACGAGGAGGUUUGUGCCAUCAUUAUUCAGCAAGCGUAUAGGGCACACUUGGCACGGCGAAAAAUCACCAUCAAAGGAAGAGUUCCCUGUACUAAGUCGGGAGGGCAUGCGAAUGAGAAUGGCAACACCAAUCAAGAGAAAAAGGAAGGCUCCCCCUCCACUGCGUCGCUGCCUUCGUACGACAGUGUAACUAAGCCUGAGAAACAAGAGAAGGAUCGAAAAGGCAGUGAUAAAGGCAGAAACAACCAAAAAGACAUCAGGGAAUCUAAGUUGUGA